AUGACCUUUCAUUUAAAGGAGGGUAACAUAUGUCAUUGUGGGGUCAAGGUUGACGAGGCGACUUCAACUUCUCAAUGUCACUUCGAGUGUUUCAAUGAAAACUGCAAUGCCUACGUCAAUAAAGCUUAUGCCGUCUUUUCUCUAUUACAAAACGUUGAAUCACUGGUUGGCUGUUUUACUGAAGACACUCAAACUCAAAGUGAUGCAAAUCUGUCGAGUUUCUCAUUUCAAAGCUGUCUAAACCACUGUCGAAACGAAAAUCUGACAUUCAUGGUGAUCAAUAAGAGCAAGAACAUAUGUUCCUGUCUGACAUCGGUGAACUUUCAAGAACAAGUUGACAUAGAUCAUUGUACAGAGAGAUGCGACGGUGCAAAACACUGUGGCGGGCCGGCUCAUGUGGCCGUCUACAAGGUUCAAAGUCACUACAACUACUUCACGAACUAUGAAAAGUUGAAUUUCUGCUUGAACAGCAACAACAACAACAUCAGAGUGACGUGCAACGAGACCACAGGAGUCUGCAACAACCACAACAACCAAAGUUCUGCUGUCACUGUUCCAAGCAACAAGGAGGAGUCAUCGUUCUGCAAGCCUGGUGUCUGCGAAAAAGGCUGGAAGGGAAUUCUGUGCACUGAAAGAGAUUGUAAGGCGAACAAUGGCAACUGUCUGAACGGGAGUCAAUGUUUCGAAAACGAAUUGGACAAGGACAUCGUCUUUUCAGAAUGUAUCUGCUCCAAAAAAAGAUCCAUCAACCAAGACUUCCGAUGUCAAGAUAGCCAGACGAAAACGGAUGCUGACACGCUAAGACUACCCGUAAGCAUGGGUCUGACAAUAUCCGUCCUAUUCACCAUCCUCUUCAUAAAAAACAUCUGCGCUUUCGUAAUUUCAGCCUUGUAUUCUUUAGAAAACAGAAAACUGACAGCCGUAAAUGAUCCAAAACAGCAGCAGGACAGAAUGCGGGCAAGGAUGGAGACCCUGCAGUUGGCUACUCUGAAACGUAAACAUCUGAUGAAACCAGCCAACAUACAGCCACUUACGCUCGCCGUUCCUGAUAUGAAAAUUCCUACACCUCCAGCUAAAACUUCCAUAUGA